AUGACAGCUAUGAGAGAGAUAUUCAGCAAAGAUGCGCUAGAGCUAAUUCGGGAUUCAAUUCAUUGUCCCAAGGCGCGUGGUCAACCACUAUCGCCAAUGAAGGCAAGCUGCGAAUCUACCUAUCUGCGAUUUGUCCUAUUAUCAUGUAUGAAUAGGAGACUUGGCGCCGUCGACGGUGAUGCAAAUGCAUGGAAUGGAAGCUGUUUAAAUGGAUGUUGGCUACUUUGGGCUAGUGGUGUGCUACAACGAAAACAAAAACGUUACUUGGAAGUGGAUAUGGUGUACCGAGAGAAGACGUGA